AUGGUCAAAAAUAAUAGUGAGGUUGAGCUUUCAGAGGAGGACUUCUACGUCCAGAGAGCCAGUGCUGUGAAGAAUGAGCUCAAGCAGGGCACAAACAUGUAUCCCAAUAAGUUUGAGGUGUCUCACAGCUUUGGGGAGAUCAUCGGAAUGAUAGGAAAAAGGGGAGACCAGUUUGUUGCCGAGGAUGUUGUUAGAUCUGCUGGGAGGAUAAUGAGUAUGAGGCUUCAUGCCAGGUUCUGUUUCUUCAUGGUUGCUUCUUGUGGAGAAAGCCUUCAAUUGGUAAUAGAUGCCAAGGAGGUGGGGAAAGACCAGGUGGUCAAAUUCCUGAAGAGAGGGGAUAUAGUAGGGUUUGUUGGGAAUCCUGGGAGGACAAAGACCCUGGAGCCCUCUGUGUUUGUUAGUGACGUGACUGUUCUUUCUCCAUGUCUCAGAACGAUUCCUACAGAGCAUUUUGGGCUGAAGGAUGCAGAGACUAUCUACAGGAGAAGGUACAUCGAUCUCUUAAUAAAUAAGGAGUCGAGGGAAAGGUUCGAGAAGAGAACACAAAUAAUUAGAUACAUCAGGGAGUUCCUUGACUCAAGAGGGUUCCUAGAGGUUGAGACGCCGAUGAUGAACUUGAUUCCUGGGGGUGCUGCUGCAAAGCCCUUUAUUACGCACCACAAUGAGCUUAAGCUGGAUCUUUACAUGAGGGUGUCCCCCGAGCUCUACUUGAAGAAGCUUGUUGUUGGGGGUCUCGAUAGGGUGUAUGAGAUAGGAAAGCAGUUCAGGAAUGAAGGGAUUGACCUUACCCACAACCCUGAGUUUACGUCUUGCGAGUUCUACAUGGCGUAUGGGGAUUACAACGAUCUCAUGGAGAUGACCGAGGAAUUGAUGAGUGGGCUAGUUAAAAAGAUGUUUGGAACGGACACUAUAGUGUACAGCCCCAAGAAGAGGGAAGAGAAGUCUGAGCCUGUGGAGAUAUCAUUCAAGAGACCCUUCCGGGUGAUUAGCAUUAUUGAGGAGCUCAACAGCCGCCUUGGAUUGGACCUCAGUGGAGAGACUCUUGAUACACCUGAGGCCCUGGAGAAACUCCUGGGUGCCUGUGAGAAGGAGGGAAUACAUGUUGAGAAACCUCGUACACUGACAAGGGUGCUCGACAAGCUGAUUGGGCAUGUGAUUGAGCCUCAAUGUGUGAAUCCAACGUUCAUCAAGGACUAUCCCAUAGCAAUGUCUCCGUUAGCUAAGAACCACAGAUCAAAGCCUGGCCUUACUGAGAGGUUUGAAUUGUUCAUCAACUGUAAGGAGGUGUGCAAUGCUUACACGGAGCUGAACAAUCCCUUUGAACAGAGGGAGAGGUUUAUUCAGCAAGCACAAGAUCUGAAUGCUGGGGAUGAUGAGGCGAUGAUGAACGACGAAGACUUCUGCACGGCACUUGAGUAUGGGCUUCCACCUACUGCAGGAUGGGGACUGGGGAUUGACAGACUCAUAAUGUAUUUGACCAAUGCGGCAAAUAUAAGGGAUGUGAUUUUCUUUCCAACGAUGAGGCCUGAAUAA